ACUCGCGCGUGUAGCCAUCGCCAUUUCUCCCUCUCUUUUUUAAUCAUUCGGUGUCUUGGACGCUUCAAAAGCAGUAGCGAACUGUGUCGGCGAUUCCGGUCCGAGUUCGUUGCUUGCUAGGGUUUUCCUUUUCUGCUCGAGACCAGAAAAUGAGUCGUCAUCCUGAAGUGAAGUGGGCACAGGGGGUUGACAAAGUUUAUAUUACAGUGCUAUUACCUGAUGCAAACAAUGUUAAAGUCAAUCUUGAACCUGAUGGAGUUCUUAAUUUCUCUGCUACUGCUGGAGCAGAAAACCAUUCUUACGAGUUGAAGUUGAACCUUUAUGAUAAGGUGAAUGUUGAGGAGAGCAAAAUAAGUACUGGUGUUAGGAACAUUUUCUGCAUGGUGGAGAAAGCGGAGAAGGGGUGGUGGAAGAAGUUAUUGCAUGGUGAUGAUAAGACGCCGCACUACGUGAAAGUUGAUUGGGACAAAUGGGUGGAUGAAGAUGAUGAGAGUGGUCCUAAUGAUUUGGACUUUGGAGGGAUGGAUUUCUCGAAAUUCGGUAGUAUGGAAGGCAUGGGUGAUGACUUUGAUGACAAUGAUAAUGAUGAAGAUAUGUCGUCAUCUGACCCAUCGACCGACGUUUGGGACUACGGUUCCCUAGUCCACUCCCCAAUGUCUGGAAAAAUGAAGAUUAUGUGUCGUUUGUGUGGGGCAAAGUUUUCUAACAAAACUAAUCGGCUUAGGUUACACUUAGCAUGUCGGGGUGGAGAUGCAAAACCGUGUCCUAAAGCCCCAAAGGAGGUCCAACUUCUUUUUCAGGCCCUUCUAGAUUCAAAUAAGAAACCUUUCACCCCAUCCAAACCUUCCACAAGAGUUGUAAUUGGCGAAAGUUCUGAUACACGGAGAAUAAAGAGAACUAAUAGAGAAGAGGAGGAAGUCAGAUUAUUAGCAUUGGAAGAAGAACAAUUACAACUUGCCUUGAAACGUAGUAUGGAAGAGGCUUCUAGACAUAAACGAUGUCCUCCAAGACAAGAUGAUACCGAAGCAGAAUCGAGCACAAGCAAAAAGAAGAAGAGUUACAAAUCGUCCAAGUUUCUCUCCAGUCUCGGUGCAUUUUACCGAGUGUUGGGUACUCCGUAUAAAUCUGCUCACAAAGAAAGCUUGAAAAAUCUAAUUCGAAUUAUACAAGAGCACGAUGGGAAACUCUCUUCACCUUCUAAUUCAGGAGAGGUGAAUGAGUACCUAUAUGAAGAUUUAGAUAGCAGCUCAAGCUCGAUAAACGAUUCUCCUGUAGUAAAAAAAGACAGAAAUGCAUCUAAGGAUGGAUCAGAUGGCGAAAGUGAUGGAUUCGGUUCAGACGCAGGAGGUAACUAUCAUGGGCAUGGCUAUGGUUAUAUGCCAAGAAAGCACUCCUCCUAUGGAAGAUAUUAAGUUGAUGUUGUGAACAAGAUCAAGAAGUGGAAAAGACGGAAACAACUGAAGUAGCAGAGAAGACUGAAGCAGCUCCUGUAGAGGAAACAAAGGAAGCUCCACAAAGCACAUGAAGGGUGGCCUGUGCAUGAUCGUUUUCCAUUACAAUGGCGUCAGGCAUUUUUUAUCUGGUAUUUUCUGUUCCACUGGUGUGGUGGUUUGCCAGUUCAUCUGGCUUAGGGAUGGUUGAAUUUCAGUUCCUUUUUUGGCUGGGCAGAUGCAUUUGAAAUCAGGUUUCAUGGAUGAGUGCGAAGACAUGUAUGCUGUUACUCAUCUCAUGUAUCUCUUUUUGUUUGUUUGUUUGUUUUUUUCCCUGAUUAGAUGCCUGUCUUUAAGCCUUUCACAUUUCAUGAUAUUGCUAUUGUGCUGAUGAUUCUC